AAGGAAAUGUUUGGCCAUACGGUCAUACUACAUCAGGGAGUGAAGUUGCGUUGAUACAUUUUGGGAACUUAAGACCGCUGAAAAUACCGUCUCUGUAAAUUAGUCACAAUGACUGCAGGCAGGCACUGGAGCUACGACAGCCUCAAACAAAUCGCCAUUGAUGGAUGCACCGAGAACGUGGAGCAGUUGAAACUAAUUUUUGUCGAAGAGAUUGGUUCGCGACGCAGAUCGGAUUGCAUACGAACCAUCGAGGAUUUAAUUGACUGCCUGGAACGAGCGGACGAACUAUCGGAGUACAAUGUGGAGCCACUGCGCCGGAUAUCAGGCAAUAUGCCACAGCUCAUCGAGGCUCUGAGCGCCUACACAAAGCCGGAAAACAUUCUUGGACAUCCGGUUAAUCUGUACCAGGAACUCCGAUUGGCCGAGGAACUUCGUCAGCAGCUCCGUAUUGCUCCAGCUUCCCAGAAUGCUCAGCCAUCAGUUUCGGAAUUAGCUGCCGCUGUGCCUCCAACAGCAAUCCAAAACUAUGCCACCCCAGCUGCUUUUACGGAUCACAAACGAACGAUGGUCUUUAAGAAAAUAUCCGAGGAACUGGGUCGCUAUUGGCGACGACUGGGCCGAUCGGCGGGCAUUGGCGAGGGCCAAAUGGACACAAUCGAGGAGCGCUACCCGCACGACUUGAAGUCCCAGAUUCUGCGACUGCUGCAGCUCAUCGAAGAGGAUGAUUGCCACGAUCCCAAGCACUUUCUGCUUCGUCUGUGUCGCGCCCUGGGCGAUUGUGGUCGCAAUGAUCUGCGCAAGAGGGUGGAGCAGAUAAUGUCGCACUAGAACGCAUUCACUUAUAUGCACUUUAUAUGCAUUUUGUUACGAUACUAGUAAUUAAUGUGCUGGAGAGCGACAAAGAUGUGCCUUUAUUGUAAUUAUUCACAUGUUAUUCCAAGGUUGGACAGAGCAUAAAAAUCGCACACUAAAUUAAUAUGUGUCAACGCGGAAUUGUACGAUCUUAUAAGAAAAUGUGAUUGACGUAUUCCAUUCAAAAUGGGAAUUCACAUUUCCUUAUCAUAAGAUAGUCUACAAAAAAUAUUGUUAACUCGUAAUACACAAGUCACAUAGUUGAAGAUAGCAAUGUACAAUGGAUAUAAAAUACGUUUUGCAAACGCUUU